AUGUGUCACUCUCACAACGAUUACUGGAGAAUUCAUCCUCUUUUUUCAGCGCUUGCUGUAGGUUGUGCGAGUGUUGAGGCAGAUGUAUGGCUCAGCCCAGAUGGAGAAGACCUUCUCGUAGGCCAUGAGAAACGCUUCCUUUCCCCAGAUCGCACACUUCGAUCACUUUACAUCGACCCGCUAUUACAGAUCUUGGACACAAUGAAUCGGCCAGCGCCACACGAGGCCUUCAAUCCCUUUGCGCGGGCCUCUGGUGUCUUUGCCACCGAACCGAAUACAACCUUGAUACUGUUCAUUGACGUGAAAGACGAUCCAGUCAAGACAUGGCCUUUGGUUCUUCGGCAGCUAGGGCCUUUGCGGGAUUUGAGAUACCUAACCCGCCACGACAAAUCCAUGGUCACAAAUCAGACAUUCUGGCCCGGACCCAUAACCAUAGUGGGCACAGGAAACAUUGUUAAACGGCGCGACAUCAACAUUGGCACAGACCUUGAAGAAUGGCAGCAGCACCACGAUGCUUUUCUCGACGCUCCUUUACAUCUGCUUCCUGAAACAGGCUUCACCGAAAGCGACGGGUUUUACGGUCCCUACGAAUUGGAAAAUGAAUUCUAUACCGCGUCUGCCCCUUUCAGCGAGGCUAUCGGCAGUGUUAGGACGGGCUUCAACACCCAGCAGAUGGAGACUCUGCGGAACCAUCUUCGGAUCGCAAAGCAUCGAAACUUGAAGUCAAGACUAUGGGGGUUACCUGAUUGGCCAAGAGGGCAUAGGGACUACGUGUGGAAAGUACUUGUGCAAGAGGGGAUUGAUCUACUCAAUGCAAAUGACAUCGCCAGUGCAGCGUGUAUGUAUCAGCAGCUAGGGCCUCUAAGGGAAGCUUUAUGA